AUGACCAUCGCGGUCCUCACACCUCCAACGACAAGGACCACGCGUCGUGAGCCUCUGAAAGCUAUUAAUAUGGCGGCGUCGCAGGCGCGGUCGCGCCAUGCGUCGUCGUCUGCAGCAAACACUGGGGGGAAAGGACGAGGCAGGCGGACGAGCGCACGCCUGAAUGCAAAAGAUGAUGGUGGUGAUGAGGGCAAGACUGUCAACAACACGACAGCAGCACAGGAACAAACCUCGCGGGCUGCUGAGAAGAAAAGAAAAGCAGCUUAUGACGAGGACGUUGAGGGUUUCCAAUUUAAAUUUGCAAGCUCAAAGAAACCAAAACCGUCAAGCGGAGAAGAAGUUUCCGUGCCGGAGCCCAUUGUGGAAGAACCUGUUCAGCAUCAGUCGCCUAAGAGAGGACGACCACCGAAAACGAAAUCGAACAAAGCGUCUGGCGGGGAGGAUGCAGGCGCAAAUGGAGCUGCGUCUGGGAAGCCAUCACGCGGACGUCCAAAAAGAGUCUCUACUGAACUGCAGACCGAGCCAGAGAUAAGUCAUCGUUCGACUCGGGCGCGGGAUGAGGAAAGCCCGUUUCCCAUGGAAAUGCCACGAAAGAAAGGCAGACCGAGCAAAUCAAAGGCAGUCGAUGCGAAUGGGUUUUUAUCACCCGAACCCACGCAGCCUGGAACGUCCAAGAUCGCGUUGCCAUUUGCGGAUACUCCUGUCAUUCGUCGAAAUAAGGAGAUGAGGGAGGAGCGAGCAGGAAAGGGUCAAAGACGGAGCAGUCUAGGAAUGAGGGGACGGCGAGCCAGUUCCCUGAUAGACUCGGGCGCGUCCAACGGUGGGGAAAUUCUUCCGCAGAAAUCUCCCAGCCCUGAAACUGAGCGGGGUGCUGAUGCUUUUCGUACAGCGGUACCUCAUAAGGAGGUAGACACUUCGGACUUUUACAAACACAUCGCAAGCGAGGGUCUAUCCGAGCCUCGACGGAUGAAAGUGUUAUUGACGUGGUGUGCGACACGGGCAAUGGGUGACAAACCAUCUGGGUCGCGGUCCGACGAUGACAGCGCCAGAUUGGCCGCCCGCGUCAUCCAGGAAGAGCUGCUUCAGGACUUUGCGAACAAGUCCGAACUCUCCGACUGGUUUUCACGAGAGGACGCAGAGCCUCCUGCUGUGGUUGUCAAGAAACCCAAUCCGAAGAACAUUCAGAAUGCCGAGAAGAUCAAAGAACUCGAGGAACAAAUACAACGAGCUGCUCUCAACGCCCUCCUACGACCUCCUUCAAUUCCACGCUACGAUACUUCAGGGUCGGGACCGACACCUCCAGAACAGCAGGCAGAGAAAACAGAGGCCCAGUCUUCGGCUGAGGCAGUACCGCAAGGUCCUGAAACCAUUGAUGCAUCCGUACUAGAUCCUUCGCAACAGUCACUUCUCGCGUCGAUCGGUCUUGACAAUCUCCGUAUAGAUGACAACCAGAAACAGGAGUCAUCUUCCCUUCCUUCCGCCACCACCACCGCCAAUCUACCACCUAUCUCACCGGCUGCAGUCUCCUCACGCCUGUCCCGCAUCACCACAUCAUUGGCACCGACCCUCGAUUCAUUUGCUUCUGGAAUCCACGACAUAGAAAUCUACCGAGCCGCAGCAGAUGACGUAUCUUCUCGGAUCUUACGUAUCUGCUCACAACGAUUGGAAGAACGGGAUGCCCGGAAUACACUGAGGACGUUGGAGAUUGAAGGAGAAAACCAAGACGACAGUGGUGGCGGAGGAGAAGGUUCUGGCACAGGUAACAACAAGAAUCGGUUACGAAUACGACAAGAGAGACAACGAAGGGAGGAUAUUGGCCUUGUUCUUGGUGCACUGAGCCGUGUCGAGCGGAGAUGA